UAGUAAACAUUGCAUUUCCAAAGGCUGUAUCUCCCCACAAUAUUUUAAGUGGUUUUUCUGCAACAGGUAUUUACCCGUUAAAUCCUGAUGUGUUUACUGAAAAUGAUUACUGUCCUAACUAUGUAACUGAUCGCCCUGACCCACCUUGUUCACAGGCUGAUUCAAAUAAAAAAGACUGUGAAUCUUAUUCAAUGCAACCAGAACCAUCAAAUAAAAGAUUUAAAGAAUCUAUUCAGAUACCAGAUAAUCAGGUAGACAUAACAAUAGAAGAUUCAGUUGUAUCAAAUAAAACCUCUAAUCAGAACCCAAUCACAACAUUAGGUUUUAACAAUUCAAUCAUACCACCUGAGAGUAUUAGGCCUCUGCCUAAAGCAGGCCCGAGGUUAGCAUCAAAAAGAGGUAGGAAAAAGCGGUCAACUAUGAUUCUUACUAACACGCCUGUCAAAGCAUGGCUUGCUAAUUAUAAAAAGAAAAAAACUAAUAAAAAAAAAUUUACUAAUGGAAGUAAAAAAGAAUUAAUAAAAUCAAAUCUUGCUACGAAAAAACUUUCUAUAGUCUUAAAUUCAUCUUAAGAUAAAGAGUAUCUGUGCAUCUAUUGUUUUGAAUCAUUUUCCAACAGCCGAUCAAGAGAACAGUGGAUUCAAUGUCAGGUUUGCCAAAAAUGGGCUCAUGAAGAAUGCACACCAGGCUUACAACAGUUUAUUUGUGAAUUGUGUUCUUUAUCCAAUAAUUUAAUUUAAAAAACCAAACCUAAAAACAUUUAUAGUGAUAAACUAAAUUUGUUAAUUGUGUUAUAUUUAAAAUAUAUAUAUUUCAGUU